ACUGUCGUAGUACACAUGCAAUAAUGACUUACUGCAAACUGUCGCCCGUGUUGUGCAUCACCACAAGUGUGCACCUCAAUUUCGAUAAUUAUUCAUCGCGACUCGGAGGUGCCAAUUUGCCAGAAUGAAGCGGUGAACAUUAAUUUACCGUAGCCUCGUUCCCUCGUAAUUUAUAAUUAAGCGAUUGCGCGAAAAUAACUUGCCUCGCUCGCGUUCGAAGGUGAAUUCCACAGUAACAGUAAGUCAUGUAAGAGGUUAUAGCAACAGCGUACAUACAAAGAGAGAUAAAGAACAGCGAGUUCCGUGUGUUUUUCUCGGCGAGAGCUUACUUUACGAUGCACAGAAUCACGCUGGAAAUUCCGUGUCGCUGAUCUCGCAACGCGAUGGAGCUCAAGGUGUGGGUCGAGGGGAUACAACGGAUCGUAUGCGGCGUCACCGAGACCACCACCUGUCAGGAUGUGGUAUACGCACUUGCUCAUGCUACCGCUCAAACAGGUAGAUUUACUUUGGUGGAACGCUGGCGGACCAAUGAGCGUCUGCUGGCGCCUUAUGAAAAUCCUCUGAAGAUCUUGAUGAAGUGGGGCGAAUAUUCUUCGGAAGUUCAAUUAAUCUUGAGACGCUCCACAUCAGAAAACAACAACAAGACAACUGCACUGUCAAACAGUCGCUUGACAUACGCGCCACGUACAAAUGGAUUGCCAGUUUUGUUAUCUGAACAUGGAACGGGCACUGAUGUGCAAGAUGGGACCAAAAGCAUGCCAGUCACGCAAAAUACGGACUUUGACGACAUGCAGGGAGGAUUGGAGAGAAAUAGGGAUACCAGGAAAUCGUUGACAUUUAGUGGAUUUCACGGAGGUAUCACAGAAGGCAAUACAGAGAUUCAAAUGGAGAACGUGGCUGUAGUUCAACCCACACCACACCUGAAGAAUAAGGACAUGAACAUCCGAAAGAACACCCAGAAACCGACGCAGUCGCCCACGCGAGGAACCAAUACCGAAAUUGCAUCGCACUUGUCGCAGAAGAAGGUGCGCGAGGUUCCACCGUACAGGGAGCCCCCGGGACCAGCUUCGCCACCGUUACGGACUUUGCCGCCCUACCGAGACCCACCGCCGCCGAAUUUGAACAGCCCUGGAAGAUCGCAGUUUGUACCUGGGAUGAACAGCGGGAGCCCUCACGUGCACAAGGACGAUCAGCCGUCAUCCAGCAAUUCCAGCAUAAAGUUGAAGAGGAAUCUUAUACAGGAGUUCCAGGACGCAAAAGUGCCCACGCAAUCCGUGAAUCCACUUCCUGCCACGGCGCAGAACAUGGCAACUGUUGCUUACACUCAACGAUACGUUGAGCUCUUGAGACUAGUCAACAAACAGCGGGAUACCAUCAACGCUCAGCAAGCUGAUCUUACGAAGUUUGAUGCAGAAAUAUUAUAUUGGGAGACGAAGAACAGGGAGCAAAUGCAUCAGAUGGAUUAUAUUUCGCAGGAAAUGAAUCGCAUCGAAUCUACUGGCCGUAUUAUUGAAGAACAGCUGAAAGAAUUGGCUCACGUAGAGGAAGAGAGCGAAAUAGUCAGGCAGCAAGAAAAGACACUGAAGUCCGAAAUAACGCUGCUGAGAUCGAAACUUGCCAAUUGCGAGACGGAGCUGCUUCAAUGUAAAAAUAAGAUUAGGCUGGUUAUGGAGGAGCUCGCGAUGGAGCAACACAACAUAAGUCGCGAGUCGGACGAGCGGCAGAUGAUGGAGCGGAAGAUAAUCAGCGAGGUGGAGCACCUGCAGAACGAAGUCGAGCAAGCGAAACGCGCGACCGAGCUGGCUUCGCAGCACGCGGAAUCACUCAAGCUGGAAGUGGUCAAUUUGGAGUCGGCUAUUGUUGAGAAGAAGUUGCAAGUGGAGAGACUGGUAGCCGACAUGAAGGAGGCGAAUCUGCAGAGUCUGGCAGUCGCAUGUUCGGACGAACAAGUGAAAUCUCUGCUAGAAGGUGCUCAUAAACCUGGCAGCACCCGCAAAAUGAUAGGAUCACCGAGACAAUUGGAAACAGCGGUGCCCACCAGCAAAAAUCCACACGGCGUCUGGGUGUGAAUAGAAAACGAUGCAUCCGACGACGCUUUCUCAUGUGAGGAAUGUAUCAAAGAAUACGUAUCGCAAAUUAUUACCGUUUAUCGUUUUACCGAAUACUUAAAGCAAUUUCUUCAUGCAUUUAUUAUUGGAAAACUGACUAGAAUUAUUGUUACAUACCUAGAUCGUCAGCGAGUUUUAUUUUGUACUUAAUCUUCUGUAUCAUAGUAUAUCUUGUUCAUUCACGAGAUAUUUUAUGAGAUUGUUAAUCAAAGACAUAUAUUUGUACGUAAUAUAUGCAUGUAAAUUGUUACAAUAUAAGCCGUAUAUUUUUGGAGACACGUAGCGUCUUCUACAGAAAAGUAAUCGUUCGUAAAUUAUUAGGAAAAGAAAAAGAAUUACUUUGAUCUCAAGUACUGCGUUCUGUUAACGUUUGUUAACGAAAGAAGUUAUCUAGGAUCAAUAGUCGUCUAAGAUGUUUAGCCGCUAAUUCGGAUUUCCUUUAAUAGAGAGCAAAAUAAUUUUAAAAAUCAAAAUUACUGGUGCACCGUUAUAAUAUUAUACUUGUUAGUAGUUAGGUUUACAAUUAGCUGUUUAUAGUGAACGUUCAGAUAUUUGCCAUAGUAGAUUUAAUUAUAAUUUUGUACUUAAAUUAGAUUGAUUAUAUAUAAGUUAAUAUACAUAUAUGUAACGAUGUGUUAGUCUACGUUAUUAACAGCAUAAUUAUUGCAUGAUAUAUCUAGUAUUCUUUCUAUGUGUUACGAGUAUUACACAAUUGUUUUAUACACAAGUCUCAUUUUAUACUUACAACAGAAUUUUUAUUAAAGAUAUACUUAUUUAAA